AUGUACACAAUUCACACCCAAGAACAGAAUGAAAGCUCAAAAAUACCUGGAAAAAAAUAUAUAUCAGUAAACGCAUUCAAAAACCACAACGAUAAACAAAAGCUUGAAGACCUUAAAACAUCUGAACAAAGUGGUAGUAAAUGCAUACAAAAUCUAAACAAUGAACAGUAUUUACUCUCCCAAAGUUCCCAAUACCAAAAUGUAAACCCAAUAAUGGAACAAAAGUUUGAAGACCCUUGA